AUGUUACCAUUUUUUCCUGUUCCAGGAUUACAAGACCUAGAGAUUCCUUUAGGAGCACAACAAGAUUUCUAUCCCAAAAGUUAAAUUCAAGAACCUUAGGAAGCUAAGAAAUUGUUCAUAAAGAACCUUCCUCAAGAAUUAACCAAUGAUAAUGUUGAGAAACUUUUGAAGGAAUGUGGUCAAUUAGUAUCAUGGAAGCGAUCAAAAGGUACUCCUUUUGGGUAUGCUGAGUUUGAAAAUAUGGAAAGUGUAUUAAAAUGUUUGCGCCUUCUUAAUGUUGCUUGUUAAGGGUGGAGAGAAAGCUUAGAUGAUGAUAGAUGGUUGGAUAGAAGAGCUAAAUUAGAGGAGAAAGAUAAAUAAAAGGAGGAACAUAGAGCAUUAUUUAAAUUUACAUCUUUUUAAGAGUACAUUACUAGAGAUGACGAUAAAAUAAAAAAGAAAUUAGAAAAAAUAAUAUCAGAAUUAGAGGGCACUGUCACUAAAACUAAAAAUGAUAAGAAAAGAGAGGAGGAAAAGAAAGAACAUCCAAGGGAGAGAGAAAGAGAUGCCAAGAAGAAUAACACUAGGACGGAAUUAGAAAGAAAAUAUAGAGAGAAAAUGGCAGAAUGGAAAAAGAAGGAAGAUGAAAGAGAGAGAGAAAGAAAAAAGGAAAAGGAGAGAGAGAUAGAUCGAGAGAAAAAUUUCUAAAAAUAUCUUGAAAAAGAAUUAGCUUAUGACAGUGAAUAAGAACGUAAAUAAAUUGGUAAGAUUAAGAUGAACGAAAGAAAGAAAUUCAGGUAAAGGGAAUUUGAGGAAGAUGAAAUCUUUAAAAAGAAAGAAUUAUUAAAGACACAAAAACCUCCUGAACCUGAACCACCUUAAAUGGUAGUUAUUAUUUAAGAGCCACCCGAACCAGAGCCUUAGCAAACAUAAUAGUAAUUGUUAUAGCAAUAACUAUAGAUGGAAUAAGCAGAAUAAAUGUAAUAAGAGAAAUUAUAAAAGGAAAUUGACUUGAAGGAGGAGCUUAAAUAAAUAUUUGCGACCAUCCCAACAGAAAAAGAAGAACUAUUCAAUACUCAAAUAAAUUGGCAGCUGUUUGCCUAGUCUAACUUAUUGGAGAAAAAGAUCCGUCCAUGGUUAAGAGAGAGGUGCAUUGAAUAUUUAUCUUAAGAGGAGAGAGUAUUUAUUGAUGCCAUCAUCAAAAGAUUAUUUAAUCGUGAGAAGCCAUAAACAAUUAUAAAUAAAGUUGUAAAGAAGGUCUUGGAUGACGAUAGUGAGCAAUUUGUUAUAAGAAUGUGGAAGAUGAUCAUCUUUGAAUUGAGAAAAUUAGAGAGAGGUCUGAUAUCUUGAUGAUUUAUUAAAUAAUUUAAUAGUUUUAUGAAGUUCUUUA